AAUUUCAUUAUUCUGUCACCCAUGGCAACAAGCCAGAGAGAGGCAAUUCCAUCAUGAUUCUUGCACAGGACCUUUUUUUGGGCCAAGAAUCAGUAAAAUAGCAGCCGGCUUAAUUCAGUGGCUCAAUUCCAGUAAGGGUAAUGAUGUAUGGAUUAAAUGAUAGAAAAAGGCUGAGUAGAAAGAGUAGAGAAAAUGAAAGACCAAACCUUCCUGUUAAAACAGCUGAUGAAUGGUUUGAAAGAGAGAACCUUAGAACUUGGCCAAUACCAUUAGCAUCAGAAGAGGAGCUAGAUAUUUCAAACACCAACCAUCAAAUCAAAACCAAAGAUAAGCUAAUGGAAGACCUGAAAACACAUGCUUCAUUUGACAUCAAUGUUCUUGACACCUUGCUUGAAAAAGUAAAAAUGUUGGAAAAUAGUGUUUACAAGUAUGCAAGCCAAGUCCUGGAAAAUAAAGAAAAUAGCAGUGUAGAAGAAUCAAUCAAGGAUGAUGAAGAAGAAACAUAUUGUGAGACAAUGCAUGCAAAGUCAUUACCAUCUUGGCAAACAAAGCAGUCUGAGGUUUUCAUUGGAUCCAAGAACCGUGGAGUAGAACACACAUCGUUUCCUGGCUUUCGCUUCAAUGAAUUAACUCCUCUCCCUGGCUCGCUAGAGGCCCCUCAGCUACUCAACAGAGUUACAAAUAUACAGAAUUUUCAUGGAAGUUUCAAGAAAAUUUGGAAAAAAUACUUUCUUUCGGAUGCCACUGUUGCUAUCUUUCAAGACACAUUCUGGUGGUGGUUUCUUGAUCGAUAUCAAACAGAUGCUGAAAGUCAAGCCCUUUUGUUCAACAGAUUGGCUGAUAGUUUUGUCGGUUUAUUUCUUGCAAUUUCAACAACAGAAAAAGACUUGUUUUUUCAGAAAUUCUCUGACUGUUUGGCUCAAGCUCUAUACUCCGCUUUCUGCGCAUCAUUUCCAAUGUCAUUUAAGUUAUUCAAUGACGAGUUUCGAAAAGACCUUUUAGAUAUGAUAUCAGAAUGGUUCACAGGGAUAAGGCCCCCGCCGGGCUCUUGGAAAUCUUGGAAUCUGGAUCUUUUAGAAAAUGAUCAAAUCAAAUCAUUGCAAGACGAUAGAGCCCAUCAAUUAAAAUCAAGUUUAUCAUUCGAUCAAGAAAACUUUCUGGACUUUGACCAACACGAGCAAAACAUGGAACGGCAAGUCACUUUUGCUUCUGCGUCACCGGCCAAAGCCAAGUACACUGUGAAGGAGUCCCACCAGGCUGGUCCAGGCCCAGGUUUUCAGAGGGUCUCGUUCAAUCUUCAUGGCAAAAGCCCGUUGAUUUCGCAUUUUCUUGCUGCUAAUCGACUUCAAUGCGAAAAGCCUUCUCAAGUAAAUAAGCUGGUUACACGUACGGAAAUUGAAAAUUUCCCAAAACCAUUUCCUACAUAUCAUGAACUCAUAAUGGAAAGGAAGAAGGAAGCGAGAAUUUCUCGUAAAAAAUAUUCAUCGGCAAUGAGGAGAUCCAUCGAAGAACGACAGCGAAUAAAUGCACCAAGGCCAACUGACGUCACUCUAGGGGUCGAUAAUUUGCAAAGUGAAAAAGAAGCCUCUAUAACAACAGAACCAGGAAGUGACGAAGAGGAAAAUGCUUUGUUGCAAACGAAUACAACAGUGGAAGCACCUGCGUUGCUCGAUACCGAGGAUUCUGAUUGGUUGAAAGAGGACACCUGGCGCGAAGAACCAAUGCCAUCAUUGCCAUGAAAAACAGUUUCAAAAAGCUAAGGAUACAGUUUCAAUCAAAAGUUUGAUCAACCUAAUCUAACCUUGUUCGUAUAAUAUAUUCGUAUGUGCAUUAUCGUGCAAUCUGAUUGAAGA